AUAAUCAGCAUACUGAUAAAGAAUUAAAUUUUAUGCCAAAAACGUGAUAAGUUGGUAUUUGUUCACGUGUAGAAUUAUUGUGAAUGGGAGAUAAAUAGUCAUAGGCGUCAUCAUAAUUAUAAAGCCUAUUCCAAAAGUAGUGUUAACAUAUGUACAGAUGUACAAUGCUGUUCUUAAGUCGUUCAAUAGCUGUUAUUUGUGUACAUUUUUUGAUUAUUGCGCAUAAUAAGCAUACAAUAAAUGGUCAAGGAGUGGAAAAUGAAGGAAAUAAAUCUGUGCUAUCGGCAAGUCUUUAUUCAAAGAUAUUUAAGGAACGCCGUAAUGAGCAUCAAACAGUAAUAAAAAACAUGAUCACAUCAGAAAAUUAUGAAAAAAACUUUAAGCUGUUAAAGCUAGCCUAUGGUCAAAUCUUUCAACUUAUCAGGGACAGUAAUAUUACAAUGACAUCAUAUGCCUAUGAACCUUUACGGGACGGAUUUGCUCAAAAUAGUAAUUUACAGGAUGCAGUCAGCACCGUAAUGGAAAAUUGCUGCAUAGCUGCCGAAAGUCUUAUACAUUUUCCAGAAAUAAGUUAUAGAAUUUUUGGUAAACAAUAUUUGGAAUGGAAAUUGAUGCUGAAUUGGUGUUAUGAGUUUGUAAACUCUUUUCCCCACAUAAUUGAUGAAUCUACUGCCAAAUUGAUGACAAUUUUAUUUCAAGAGAUCAACGAAGAAUUUCGUAAUCCUGAAUAUGUAAAUCCUUACCAUGAAGCAUCUAAACAUCAAGAAAAGAAAAAGGAAAAUAAACGCCAUAAAAAGCUUAAGAAAGGUCCAUCUUUAAGCGGAGGCAAAAAAGAGUUAUAAA